ACAAAAUUACGUGCUGAAAUUAAUAGAAGCAAAUCCCGAGAAAUACUGUUGGAUCGUUUAGAUUCUUGUCAAGGAAAUUAUAAAAUGGAACAUUGGGAUGAAAUAUGUGUUAGAGUUAUUGAUUACAUGAACGCUAGAGAUGAAAAUAGUUUAUCAAAUA